ACUCUGGGUUUUCUCGGUGAUGACCUCACUGCUGUUCCCUGGAGACGCCCACGCUGCRAUGAAGGACCUCUCCUCCUCCUCCUCUCCUCUUACCUCCCUUCUCCACUACCCCUCCUCCAAGCCCUCAGUGGUGCCCUUCUCGCAGUCGGCCAGUCCUGCCUCCUCGCCCGGGGUCUCGCUGUCGUCGGUGCCGCUCUCCAAGCCACAGCCCUUCUGCCUGCAGACGGGUCCACAUCUCAUCGCCAGCAUGCAGCUGCAGAARCUCAACUCCCACUACCAGAACCUCGCUGGCUCCGCCGCGGGCCAUCCGGCGCCCGGUGGAGCUCCAAAGGGCUACUCGCCGCURGGUAUGGGUAACCAGCUCCUGGGGCCGCCCGGAGGCCUCGGCGGCGGGGGAGUGGGGAUCGGCCAGGGUGCAGCGGCGGGCGGUAUUAUCGACUUUGACCCCGUGGAUGAGGAAGUUCUCAUGUCUCUGGUGGUAGAGCUGGGUUUGGACAGAGCCAACGAGCUGCCGGAGCUGUGGCUGGGACAGAACGAGUUUGACUUCAUGUCAGAUGUACCGGCUGGAUGCUGACCUACAGACAACGGAAGCAGUGGAUUUAAUCAACCGAGCGACAGAAACCUCCUCUCGCAGUUUUGUUUUUCUCYGUUUUCCGUUUCUCGGUCGACACCGAGAAAGCAGAAGAGACGGCAAUCAAGAAACUCGAGGUGUUUUCUUGUUUCUGUUUUCCUUUCGUGCUUUAUAUAUGGACAGGAGUUGCUGUAGAAAAAAAGACAUCUCACUUCCUUUUGUUGUUGGUUUUCAUUUAAUCAGAGGUAUUGUCUUUUACUAUGAUCAAACCAGUGAUGGUGUCACUCUACGUUUUGUAUUCUGUUUCCUUUAAAAGACCCAAAAAGAUGAAAGAAAAACAGAAGCAUUAGCAGAGUGUUAAAUCCAUCCUCCAUCGCUCUGUCACUGUGGCCUAAUGAAAACUUGUUGAAUGAUGUGAAAAGGGACUGAAAGGGACAUUUGAGCCAACCUGUUGGGAGCGAAAAUAUAAAGACACAUAAGAUGCAGCUGUUGGACUCAAACCCCCUCUUUUCUCAGAGCUGUCCAGUGUUGAUCAAAUCAGUGCAUAAAGAAAAUGAAAAUAUGAACCGCGACCUAAUGGGAGAUCUAAAAAAAAGGAUGACAAACACUGCGCUUCCUGUUUUCCUAAUGGACAAUAUUAGCCUCUGGUCUCAUGGGAAAGAGACUCAUGUCUCUUGGCUUUACAAAGAUCUGAUUGUCUGAGAACUGAUUAUCUGCUUCUUUCUUUUCUUUUUUUGUUUGAAUUUAGUUCAACCAGUUGUAUUUGUGUUACUUAAGACAUCUGGCUGAUAUCCAUCAGGAGUCUUGGACAAAAAGCACUUCUGUAGUUGGUUCUCUGAAAAAGAUGAAUUUGAUGGAGAAACGUGGAGUUCUGUAGGCACGUGAAUGCAGGAAAUUGUCUGGCUGUGGAGCAAAUYCCCAUUAAAAUAAACGAAGCCUUAUGAUCAUGUAAGUUGUGACUAAAUCUGUGUUUUAUUCGGAGAUAACACAUGCCAAACUGGGGUGCUGGUUAAUUCGUGCCAUCGCCACUUCGUACCCCAACUUGUACUUAGUGGUUGACAUUUUGUACCAAUCUGCCCUUGGCUAGGGUUAGUCUACAUUAAGAUUUUAUUUCCCAUUGACUCUAAAGGCUGAAGGUCCAGAUCAGGUCGAAACUUGGGUACAUGAUUUUCACUUUCAUGUUGCAUUUGAWUGUGUGUUUGGGUACAUUAGGAGAUUUGAAAUGUACUGUGACUGACGUUUGUUUGUGAAGCGUAGUCUAGGGUUAAGGUUAAAACCAAAGAUUUUACACUAAAGCUAGGGCCAAGUGGCAGGGAUAGAUGUCAGAGAUUAGGAUUAGGGGCUCGGUGGACAGGGCCAGGGGKUUGCCUACCUUCAAAUUACAGAAAAGCUGUGUCUGUGUCUCAGUUCAGGGGUUGCAGCCCACAUAAGCCGCCAAUGUAGGCUGCACGAAAUGAGACGAUCUAGUCAACGAAUGACGUAUGUUUGUGAAACCGCACGUUGCACCGUUAGCGUUGUGAUACAUUGCUUAUCCCUUCUGUUGUCUUUUCAUGGUAUAACUUCACAAAAUUCAAACGUUACACGUAAAUAAAUAGGAUGCACGUUGGAUACUCAGAUGCAGCUUCCAUUUUCGGGGUUUCGUCGGCUGCAAGAGUAGUUGUUUACAAAUUGGGACGGCCUACUGCGCAGCGUAGUAACGUAAGCAACUGACAAACGCGCUCUAUGUYGGCUGCAWCCCCUGAAUUGAGACAUAACCAAUGUAUCAACAAUAUUUUAUUGAUCCCAAAGGGAAAUUACUUAAACUUACUAAAGUAUUUUUGAAUUGAAUUUAAUUGAAAAUACUAAAUCAAUGUUGAGGCUGCUGCAAAGGUGGAUACAAAGUGACUUGUGGUUUUUACUCGCAAAAUAACUGCAAAACUACAAAAUGUCAAAAGUAUGAAUUAACCUAGAACCACCUAACGGGAGUCAAAGACCCUGAAUAUUAUUGUCUCAACUUGKCAGCAUUCACACAAACUCAACAGUAAAGAGGGUUUCUGCUUUUCCUCUCAAAUGUAACUGUCAGAACAGAUCUCAUCAGCCCAGAGUGACCUUAUUGGCCCUGCCUUUUAACGAUCCUGAUGGGGAAGUGUUGUCUGCAUUGUUAUCAGGAGGUCUGCAGGCUUGUGUUUGUACACCCUUCACCCUAAGCACACAAUGUGGAGUCAGCAUGUCAAUAUGUUGCUUAUGCCUAAGUUUGAAUGGAAAUAAAGUUUUAGAGAUGAUGAACUCACAG